AUGGGCAAGCGUGGGAAGUUCGAGCUGCCUGGGACGGGUUCCGACAGGAGCAAGGGCAGGCAACGGAAGGUAUCUUGCCGCUCUCUAAAUUCUGGGAACGCCUCUGAGGGGCCUCUGCCACCGAGGCCCGCCUCGAGGCUGAAGAGUUCCACCGAUGAGGAUUGCUCUCCAAGCACUGGUGCCGACACUCCGAGUGGGACGGCUGCGCCUGACUGCAACGGGCCGGUGCGUGAUCGGGACGCCGGCAAGGGGGAGGAAGGAAAAGAGAGCUGUCCCACAGUCGUGGCAGCUGGCCCGCCGCGCCCAGCUGUGCCUUUCUGCGAGGAUGCAAGCAGCCAGUCCCCUGACUCCCCGUGCGCCCUUGAUUCGCUGCCUUGCACUGAGAUCAGCAUUGGAUCAACCACAGUCAUACCCUCCGUUGCACCAAGUCCGGUGCCUGCCGCCUCUGACAUCGGUAAGAGCGCCGAAGCUCGCCCUGCAGGUUUGUCCCCCUUGCCGAACUGUGUGCAGCUUGAGCCACCCCGGCCAAAAAGCAGGGCAGGGAGGCGAACACCAGAUAUAGCAAGCGCUUCGAAGGUGAAGAAGAAACCUGCCUGGAGUAGUCAGUGGCAAAAUGAGCAAAGGCGGGAGGUAAAAGGUGGCUCAGGGACAGCCCCCAGAACGGAAUUGAGCAUCAAAUGUAGUAAUGUGACAAGAAGUGCGGGGCCGAAAAUAGAUGUCAGGGAGGAGAUUGGUGACUCAGGGUCAAUUCAAGGGAGAAAAGCAGUAUCAAGAAAGCCUAGCAGGCGUGCCAGGCCCUAUGGCCCUGGUUCAGUGGGCAAUGAAGUGACAGGGGCUUCUAGAACGUCAGAGGAAUUCUCUCAGGUGAUGGAGAACGGGAAAGCACAAGUCACCAUUGGUCGUGGGGAAACUGAUAGUGCUCUGCAAGCUGCAGCCAUGGAGGUGGGUGCUGAUAGUGCCAACGAGGCGUGCUGUGCGGCAGCCCUGACAACACAUGGAAGUUUUGCAUCAUCCACUGGAACAGGCCAUGCAGCUGGCUCACAGGAUAUAUUAAGAAGUAGCAGCGCCUCGCCUUGUGGCCUGGAGGGCAGGCAGAAACGGCUUGGCAACAUUGAGGUUGUUAUGUGUACUUCCGAUGGCAUGGCAGAGGGGCAGGUCUCGGUUGUUGUCCUGCCCGUGGAUGUGCCCAGCUCCACGCCGGCGGUGCCAUUAAAGUCAAGGGCACCAUCGCCAGCUGUCGAGAUGGAACAGGUACAGAGCCAUACAGAUGUUCCCGCAAGCGUGCCAAGCAUGGAGACAUUGCUGGAUACUGAGCCGCCAAAGGGCCUGUCCAAGAAGUUCCGUGACCAUUUUGCCCUGCGGGAUGGCAUAGCAGGGAGCGGUGUGGCUCUCCUGGAGGAGAAGGUUCUGGAUGUGCUGGAGAUGACUGGGGCUCUGCUGAAGCUCGCAAAAGACAAUCCAGCGAUGCAAGCACUGCAGAAUGGCAAGUCGCCUGCUCCUGCACAGCUGAAACAACAUGCCACAGAGAUGGAUGCCUGUAUGGAAACUGGAAUGCCUGUGGAACAAGGUGCAGCCAGAACACCAGAUGCUCCACUCAUUGGAGGCUCAAGCACGGAUGAUGGUGAUGGUGUGCAUGCCACGCCAAGUCUCCCUGCCGCGGCUGAAGGCACAGAUCCUCCAAUGGAAGAGCCCAGGGAGAUGUCAGAAUCUCGUCCUGGCAGAGAUUCCUCGCAAGUGGGAUGUGCUAGUGUUGAAGAGGCUGACGACAGGUCAGAGACUGAGACAACGUCUUCAGAGCCUGAGCUGCCUGUAGCUCCUCGUGGAUACGCCCUGUGGUCACCUCCCGAAGCUGAAGGGCCACCUGAUGAGGCGAACACCAGGGACGGGUACAAUGCACCCUUGUCAACGGCGAUGCUGACGAGCGAUGCCGAUGCUGUCCGGCCUUCGCUUCACGAGGACGGACUGCAGAGCUGGGCCAUUCCCCAGUUUCAGGGCGACGACGUCCAGCUGUCAAUCUUCAAGGCCCUUGUGGGUCCUGCGCUCAAGCAGGAGGGCACGAUCCAGGCAUCGACGGACAAUCAGAUGCCUAUAGAAGAGCGGCCAACUCAAGGUGGAGAAACUGUUCAGCCGGGACUCCGUAACUUGGGGACACACAAACGUCGGGAGGUGCACAAAACUUCUCAAGGGACAUCGCCGCAUGCGGAUUCGGAAUACGCAGCACUCCUGGAUGGGGAGGUCGCCGACUGUGCGGCUGGCGCACGACGAGUGGAGGGCGACGGCCAUUCGGAUGCUUCGAGGCCAGCGAGUUCCUUGCGGCCCGUCGACGCUGUCUGUGGCGACGGCGCAAGGCUGCCCCCUCGGGCCCAAGGCCCGGUGACGGAGGCGGUGGGGGACGUCUCCCAGGCGGAGUGGCCGCACGUGUACACCGUCCAGCUGCCGGGCCUGGACCGCAGCGACGGCAAGGCCAUGUCGGCCACCCACGACGACUUCGAGUUCGACCCCCCCUCGCCCAGGCACUCCGACCUGCCCAAGCUCGUGGGCGGCUACGAGGUCUGGAGCUUCAACCCCAUGUGGCAGGAGGACAGGCGCACGCCCACGCCAAGCUUCGGAGAGCCGUGCCUGUCGGAGCGCUCGAUCCCGUCUCACAGGGACUGGAGCCCUUCUCCCGCGCCGUCCAGCUGCGGCCGGGCCACGCCCACUGGAGCCCGGCGGGCGGCCGACGGCGGCGAAGGAUGCACGGAGGGCGGAGGGGCCGUGGAGGUUGUCGGCGCCGGCGGUGGACCGAACCCACGGGGCCACAGCAGCGCGAUGUCCAUCCACGGGGACGAUCCCAUCCCCGCGAUUGUGCAGGAAGCGGCCGGAGAGAAGUUUGCUGUGUCAUACGUGAAUGGGAAGUCAAGCCGAGGAAAUCUCGUGGAGCUUGUGGCUUCUGAAGCCAACGAUGCAAGUGGUGUAGAAGCCCAGAAUGGAGAAAUUGUUUAUGAAAAAGCAGCUGAGAGCAAGGAUGAAGUUUUGUCAUUGGGAGCGCAUCCACAUGUGGACCCGCCACCAGAGCAGGUGGUCGAUGAUUUGAAACAGGAAACAGUAUGCCCCCAACCAAUUGAGGCAAAGGAGGCAACAACACCUUGUGGUGGGAAUGCUGCGAAGAAUACUGCAGAAGUUGCACCAGCUAUUGCUGAAGUCAUCGAGGCAGAUGGCAGCAUGCUCCAAGGCAAGCAGGGCAAGGAUUCAACUGCAGAAGCAGACGAUCAAGCUGCCGCUGACUUGGGGACAAUCUCCUCCCUCAGUUCUUUAGCCGGCAAGAAAGAGCAAGUGGAUAUGCACUCAUUAAUACAGACCACCAAUAGCACCAUUCCAAAGGUGCUGAAGCAGCAGCCAGCUGAUGAGAUAUCACCUGAGGAGGAGAGCACAGGUGCACUGAUGGAAGGGCUGAAAGGCAUUCAAUCGCAGGGACAGGAUCCCCCUCCUUGUGGUGAGGAGGUGUCACCAUCUGCCAAAGAAGCAGCUGUGUAUGCUGUCUUGGAGCCUGCCAAGGCUUAUGAAGAUUCAGUCCUUUUGGAUGGCAAGGAGAAAGGCAUUGCCUCCAGUGAAAAGUCGCCUAGCUCAGAGGCGCUUACAGACAAUGUUCCUUGUACUGAGUGGUUGACAGCUGUUGGAGAGGAUGCGACCGACCGUCAGGAGGGAAAGGUGGAGCCCACACAUUGUACAUCUGAGGAGUGCACUCCUCAUCAACCAGCAGCCAUUUGUAGGACAACAGCUCCAGGAGGGGAUGCUUGCCCAAGAAAUUCAUCACCCAAGAUGUAUACUGAUGUGGAGACUUCAGUGUCUACAUCUCCACUUUCAUGUAUCCCAAAACCAACUGUGGCUGGAGCAGCCACAGGAGCUGAGGUUGCCCACCUUGUAGCAGUGGAUAGUGUGGAUGAGGUUGUAGAGGCCAUGGCAACUGCUGCUGGGGAAGGGUUGGUACCAGCAGCAGCAAAGCCAGAGAAAGAAGCUGUGGCAGCAGCCUUUGGGGUACCAGCAAGCUCAAAAAUGGCCUCCAGUGCUGAUAUGGAGCCAACGCUUGGAGCUUCGAAUUUGCCUGUGCAAGAAAUGGCAGACAUCACCCCUGCAUUGGCCUCUGCUGAGGAGACACAGGGGCCAGGCACACCACAUUAUGGCAACGGAAUUCUUGAUGUGGAGGGGUCCAUCUCUGCUGAGCGAAUUGCACAUGAAGUUGCAGCUGGUUCUACAGAGAUGUUGCAGGACAAGGAAGAACCGGACGGAGGCAAUGAUGAAACAUUGGCGCAAGAGCUCCCCACAACCGUGUCUCAGGCUGUGGCAGCAGCUAACAGCGAUCUUCAGAAGCCCCAUGGCUCACCUGGGCCUCAAGAGGGCGCCAGCACACCUCAACAGACAAUUGGCAGGACUAAGCCAGUGGCAGCAGGGACGAAAAACCGGGUAUUAUGUGCAGAUAUGCUGCCACAAGUUGAAAGACCUGCUGUGGACGACCAAGCAGAGGCCAACGUGGUGGUGCAGGAAGGUGCCACAGAGAAGGACCCUGUGGAAGAGCGCGACACGAAGCCCCUAACUGAAACCCAUGGGGCCAAGGGACCAGUGAUGAAGGCAGCUGCAGAGAAGAAGAAUGUAACUAAGACAACAACACUCAAGAAACUGCGAAGUUCUGCAUCGUCGGUGUCCAAGUCGCUCGGCUGUGGAUGUUUUGGAGGACUGUUAGUGAAGGCCGGAAACUUUACCAGAGCCAGCUGA